AUGGAGUGGGAAGAGGCAUAUGAGUACAGAGAAUCCACGGAGACCAACGAACUCCUCGAGUUUAAUACUGCUAUACAGACCAUCGAGCCCGUCUGGCCAAUCCUACCCCUUAAUCUCAAGCGAUACUUCCCAACCAGCGAGAGCGAGAGCUACGAGUUUGAGAACUUCGAAGUCAGCCCCGAUCCAGAAGAAGAGAACGAGCUCUUCCAAGCCCAAAAGCUCUAUUUCCGAGAUGUUGCCAACCGCACCAAGCGAUACCUCUGCUUGAUAAUUAUAUACGGCCAUUCCUCCCAUGAAGAAGCAUGCAAAGAAGCGUUACGGAUAUCCUGGCAUCGCAACUGGAAGAAGACGUCCUCAAAGGCAAUAAUGGGGCUUAUCAUUGACGAAGAGAAACAGGCUUGGUUCCGGGGGAGUCACACUGACGAGACAAAUAUUAAGAAGAUGGGCAGCAACUGGGUUGCGAAUAAUGAGUGUAUGCUGAGAACGUACUUUCGUACUUUUCGGCGCGCGUUGAGGAGACAUGCUCCUAGCCCGGGGUAUGAUCCUGCAUUUGAGUCUGGGUCCGAAAGGAAUCAUAAGGAUAUAUCGGAUUCGAGAAAGCAGCUGAGCGAUAAAUCAUCGCUCUUGCUUGCUCUUAGACCACGCCGCCAGCCUGCUCGGCCAAACAAGGCUAGAAGUAUACUCGGUGCUAAGGAGCAUCUGAAUGAUGCUCGCUGGAUAGAUAUAGAAACAGAAGCACAGACAAAUAUAUCACGUGACACCAUCCCAAUCACCCAUCAUCGAGAUAUUCAACGAAGGAACGCCCUUUUCCACUACAAUACACCCAAGAACCCGAUCCCAGUCCAAACCCAAUCAUCCGAAAAUUCCCCAUUCCAAAUCCUCCAUCAUCACCACUAG